AUGUCCAUUGUCACGGUCCCUGUUCCAGUGUUCCUGGAGAACAUCGUAACGGGUUCCCAUGCCAUGGGGCUGACACGGGUCGCUCUGCAUUGCUCCUCUGUGCCUUCCCUGCCAGGCUGUGCCCACGCUCACCCUUGGCUUCCUUCUGUUCCAGUAAGCGCUGCCAAGUUUGAGAACUGCACGGGAUGCGUGAUGUGCUCCGAAGACAACGGGUGCAUUUCCUGCCAGCAGAGGCUGUUCCUGCUCAUCUGGAGGGACGGGAUCCGGCAGUAUGGCGCCUGCGUCCACACCUGUCCGCCGGGCUACUUCGGGUUGCGAGGCCAAGAAGUCAACCGAUGCUUCAGGUGCAGGUCGCCCAGCUGUGAGAGCUGCUUCAGCAAAGACUUCUGCAUGAAAUGCAAAGAGCGCUUCUAUCUACACAAAGGCAAAUGCUUGAACAGCUGCCCACCCGACACCAUGGCCUGGCACAGUACCCGGGAGUGCCAAGAAAACUGCGAGACAGCUCCCUGGGGCAAUUGGAGCCCCUGCACCAACCAAGGGCAGACGUGUGGGUACAAGUGGGGCUCGGCCAUCCGAGUCCGGGAGACGCUCCAGAGUGGGAAGGAAGAUGCAGCACUGUGUCCGGUGCUGUCCGAGUCCAGGAAGUGUCGGAUGAAGAGGCAUUGUCCUGGAGAGGAGAAUGAAAACAAGAGGAAAGGCAAAAAGGAAAGGAAGCAGAGGAAGAAGAAAAAAUUAGAUUCUUUCAAGGUCACCUAAUGAGCUUCAGAGCACGUGGGUUUGUCGUGGGGGGAAGCAACACGCAAUGAAGUCCAGCAGGGAGCACCAUCGUUGGCCAAAAACUAGGAUUGUUUCUAUCUCUUCCUUUCUGCCUUGCAAGGUUCCCCUUCAGUCCCUCAGUUCCCUGCAGGCCUUUCCACCACGUUAAGGUGCUUCAUGAUGCCUCUUGGCCUUCUCUCUAACAUGCUUGGGCAAAGGAAGACUGAAGACCGAUUCCAUCCAUCAUCUCUCCACGUUGAUAUCCGAAGCUUCGUUCCCUCGGCCCACCACUCACCUCUCCAUCUUGGCGCCUCUGACUUUAUGAGUCUGCGCAGCCAGGGUAACCCCAGAGGAGGGAACCACCAUGGCUUCCAAGUGAAGAGGGGCCUAACCCUGGCUCUUUGAUCUGCUGUGGAAGGGGGAGAGGCUCCAUCAAGAAGAGCUGGAAGACCAUGCAGCGUCCUGCCUAAAGACCCCAAAGGAUGGAGCUCUAGGAGGAAUGCAAGUUCUCGGCCAGCUUCACCCUGGUUCUUCCUCGAACCCCCUUAAAAGAGUUUCCCUGAAUCUUUCCCUGCGUUGGGACAGAACAUAUUAUCCAACAGACGUGAGUUUUAAGAGAAGGGAGAACCAGGCUGGGAUUUAGCAGGUGCCCCCCAUUUUUCUCACCCAGGAAGAGGAUGGGAAGACUGUGGGCAUGGGAUGGUCACCCAGGCGGCCAACCCAUCCUUCCCGUCUCCCCCCGUGGAAAACAGACCCACACUUUCUUUCAAGGACAGAAGCAAAGGGAAUGGCGCCACCAUCUCUGAGAGCAAACUGGACCUCUGACAAGGGGGAUGUUUCAGAGAUUGGUUCCCUGUGGCAGAAGACUGACUACUGAAUGGGAUUUUUAAAAAAAUUUACAAGUACACAGGUCCAGCUUAGAAAAAGGCACAGGUUUUAACACUUCCAACACACAGGCCUAUUGUUUCCUAUCAGUUCCAGGAGACAACCAGGUCCUUCAAUUUUCUAGAACCCCAGACACAGCUUUCUUACUUUAUCUGACCUAAACUGUACCACCUGCCAAUCCAUUCUUUUCUUUUUAGACCAAACUAGUUUAUUCUUUCUGCCUUCUUGGUCGCGUGAGUUCCUGCAGCCAGAUAUUGUCUGUGCUUCUCCAGCAAAGGUUGUGAUAAAGAGAAUUACAGGUAACCCUUGACUUAUGACCACAACUGGGACUGGAACUUCCGUUGCUAAGUGAGGCAGUUGUUAAGUGAAUCACACUGGAUUUUAUGACCUUUUGGGCCAUGGUCAUUAAGUGAAUCACUGAGGUCAUUAAGUGAAUCCAGCUUCCCCCAUUGACUUUGCUUGUUGGAAGCCGGCUGGGAA